CCAAAAAAUGUGAAGAUAAUAUAUCAUAAAUAGCAACACUCCACUCAACUCCAUUACUAGUGUUCAAGUCACAGACUAGAGACUAGAGACUAGCCUCGCCCUCACUCUCACUGACAUUGAAUAUGGCUGAUUUGUUGGAAUGGCCAAAGAAUGAUAAGCGCCGCUUGCUUCAUGCCGUCUACCGUGUUGGUGACCUGGAUCGCACCAUCAAGUUUUACACUGAAUGUCUUGGAAUGAAGCUUUUGAGGCAAAGAGAUAUUCCGGAGGAGAAAUACGCUAAUGCUUUUCUUGGCUUUGGCCCUGAAGAAACCCAUUUUGUUGUCGAAUUAACAUAUAAUUAUGGGGUGACCUCGUAUGACAUUGGAGAUGGCUUUGGACAUUUUGCAAUUGCAACUCAAGAUAUAUACAAAUUGGUUGAAAACAUCCGGGCCAAGGGUGGAAACAUCACUAGGGAGCCUGGUCCAGUUCAGGGCGGGACGACUGUUAUUGCCUUUGUGAAGGAUCCUGAUGGUUACUCUUUCGGACUCAUCCAAAGACCUACAAUUCAUGACCCGUUUUGUCAAAUAAUGCUUCGUGUUGGUGAUUUAGAGCGUGCAGUUAAGUUUUAUGAAAAGGCUUUGGGCUUGAAGGUGUUGAGGAAGGUUGAUAGGCCUGAGUACAAGUACACUGUAGCUAUUCUUGGGUACGCAGAGGAGCACGAGACAACUGUGUUGGAGUUGACAUAUAACUAUGGUGUCACUGAAUAUUCUAAGGGAAAUGCUUAUGCACAGAUUGCUAUUGGUACUGAUGACGUAUACAAGAGCGCGGAGUUAGUUAACCUAGUCACACAAGAGCUUGGAGGGAAGAUUACUCGGCAACCAGGGCCAAUUCCUGGUCUUAACACAAAAGUUACUUCAUUUUUAGAUCCAGAUGGAUGGAAAACUGUCUUGGUUGACAAUGAAGAUUUCCUGAAAGAAUUGAAGUGAGGAGCGAGCUUUGCACGAAUUAAAUUGUCCUAGUGCUUAUGUAUGAAUAAAUUGUCUCGCAUUGAUCAGGGAUCGUUGUGUGUUUUUAUCAGUGUACCAGUCAUCAGUAUGUUUGCUUUUACGUGGUUCUGUAAUUGACUUAAAAGCACAGUUAAAACCUCUUGCAUGCUGUCUAUCAUUAAUCGACUAAUUUAUCAUA